ACCCACGGCGUCUUAUCUACUGGGAACUAGCAGCUACCACGCUACUAUGGCUGGUGUGGGUCGGGUGUUUUGCUCGUUUUGGAGAAGCUAUGGGGUGCUCGACCUUCGGGUGCCUUGUGCUUAUUAUCAUAAGAAGGUAGUUGAUCAUUAUGAAAAUCCAAGAAAUGUUGGAUCCCUUGACAAGAAUGCAAAGAAUGUUGGGACUGGUUUGGUUGGAGCACCAGCAUGUGGAGAUGUCAUGAAACUACAGAUUGAAGUGGAUGCCAAUGGAAAAAUUAUUGAAGCCAAGUUCAAAACGUUUGGUUGUGGAUCUGCCAUUGCCUCCAGUUCUCUGGCCACAGAAUGGGUUAAGGGAAAAACGGUAGAUGAAGCCAUGACUAUCAAGAAUACAGAUAUAGCCAAAGAACUCUGCCUUCCCCCUGUGAAGCUGCACUGUUCAAUGUUGGCGGAAGAUGCCAUCAGAGCAGCCCUGGCAGAUUACAGACUGAAGCAGGAUAAAGAUGAAGCUGCAGCAAGUGGCUAGCUGAGCAGACUAUCAGCUAGACCAUCAUAGCAACAUUCAGUCACUUUAUGCCACUCCUUUGGGCAUUAAAGCAUGCCUUUACCAUUUGAACAGCAGACUUCUGAUACGCACAAUUAUAUAGCAGCUUGUCAAACUGUGUGUGAAUCUCCUCCUAAUGUGAUUACUUUCAAUUUGCAAGCUGAUUAUAUUUAGUUUGAGAAAAGGAAGUUAUUUUGUUCUUUAUUCCCUAAUAUCCAAGACCUGCACUUGUCCUCUGUUCACAUGUGAUUUUAACAAUCUUUGAUUUGAACACAUGACUUUCCACUAUAUAACAUUGCCAGGUUUCUCAUACCACCCCUGUGAAGUAAUAGAAAUGUAAUCUAGUCCGUCUAAUUUCAGUAUUUCCAUAAAAAUAGAUACCACAACACACAUCUUCAUCUGCACCAAGACACUGAAGAUGUGUGUUUAUUCUGUUUUUUUUAAAUUCAUCUGUUUUUGCGCCCUUCUGCUUGAGUAAAUAUUGUACGGUUUUGUACAUAAACAGCUAUGCAGUCAGAAAAUAAAACCCAUGCUGGAUUACAGGAAUGAAAGAAACCUAGCCACUGUGACCUGUUCAUAUGUACAUCAUUGUACAAUUUUUUUAGUGGAUGCAAUUUAUUUUGUGUGAUUGUAUAUUACUGAACUGGAAUGUAACUGUUCUCAGAAGGGUUCAUUUUUGAGAAUUGAAUGUCUGGCUGGAAAUUUCUGAUCCCAUACCAAAACUGGGUUUGUAAGCUUAAAAAAAAGGAAGUAGCAUAUUCCAGCCAUCAUACCAGCAGCCUGGAAAAUUCCCUAUUUUGAGGACUGAGAAUGAUAGUAACAGUAUCGAAAGCAGAGAUAAUGCUUCACCGUUUUGUAUGCAGUGCAUUUGACCAGCUGCCUUUUGCUUUUGUAUAUAUUUGCUAUAAGAUA